CAUCCCAAGCCUCUAGUUUUGCUUUCCUUAGCUUUUUUUUGCUUUGCUAAAGGGAAGAAGAAAAAAAACUCAUCCAUCGUCUUCCUCUCUCCAAGCCUAGAGCAAGGUAGCAAGCUAAGCUAGCUUCCUAGCUUGUCUGCAACAAUGGGGAGGUCACCGUGCUGCGACCAGGACGCCGGCGUGAAGAAGGGCCCCUGGACGCCCGAGGAGGACAAGCUUCUGGUCGACUACAUCAAGGAGAACGGCCAUGGCAGCUGGCGCCGCCUCCCCAAGCUCGCCGGCCUCAACCGCUGCGGCAAGAGCUGCCGCCUCCGCUGGACAAACUACCUCCGCCCGGACAUCAAGCGCGGCCGCUUCACCGACGAAGAGGAGAAGCUCAUCAUCCACCUCCACUCCAUCCUAGGCAACAAGUGGUCGUCCAUCGCCACCAAGCUCCCCGGCAGGACGGACAACGAGAUCAAGAACUACUGGAACACGCACCUGCGCAAGAAGCUCCUGAGCAUGGGCAUCGACCCCGUCACGCACCGCCCGCGCACCGACCUCAACCUCCUCGCCGGCAUCCCCAACCUGCUCGCCGCCGGCAUCCCAAACCUCGCCGCCGCCGCGCAGACCACCUGGGACAUCAACGCCCUCCGCCUCCAGGCCGACGCCGCCAAGUACCAGCUCCUCCAGGGCCUCCUCCGCGCGUUCGCCGCCCCUCCCGCCGCGCCCACCGGCGUCGAUCUCAUGGCCCUCCUCGCCGCCACCGGCAAUGGAGGCGUCAGCCAGCCAGCCGCCGGCGUUGACCACGGCACCACCACCAGGGCCCAUCAGUACGACGGCCUGCUCAACCUGCCGGCGUUGACCACCGUGCCGGCCGCGACGCUACCGGCGAUGUCCUCCUUCUCCGGCCUGCUCAGCAGCUUCGGCGGCGCUCUCGCCGGGGACGGCCUCAGCUCGACGACGGAGCUCGGCCACAGCGGGGCCAGCGGGAGCAGCAUGACGGCGGCGAUGGCGCCACCUUUGGUAGCGGCGGAGGAGUGCAAUGCCGGCGGCGGCGGCAUGUCGACGCCUUGCGGCGAGGAGACGCCGGCGUCGAGCCCGUUCGAGGGGCUGGGGAACCUCAACCUCGACGAUGAAUUCAACAGCGACAGCUGGAGAGACUUGCUAGAGCAAAUGUCAUGGUUGAACAACCCGAAUGAGCAGCAGCUGUGAUAAUGAAGAAAUUAAAUGACCCAUAUAUCUUUCAUAUAUAGGAUGAGAUGAAGUUAAAAGGAUCGAUGGAUCGUUGGAGAGACAGUUUCUUCUUUGGAUUAUUGGUUGCACACUUCUUCGAAGAUGUGAAUGAAGUUUGUUUGUUGAUAGGACAAAUUAAAAGGCGGUUUGACUAUACCCACUUCUAAACAUGUACAGAGAAAGGACAGAAAGACAUGCGUGUAUACUCACUUUAUUUUCAAUGUUUUCAAUUUGUUUUUUAGUUUUUUCCCCUUUGUUUCCCCUUUUGCAAGGAGGAUAUGUGUAAUGAUAAUUAGCUUGUGACGACAUAUACUAAAAGAAGUUUCAUUUUCCA